GGACCCAUUGCAAUCAUAGCCAGUGAUUUUGAAAACGAGGAAGAGGAACAUGAAAGCAAACAAGGCAGCUCUUUUGAUGUGAUCGAUUUCUUCUCAUUUUUUGUGAUUCUGUUGGUGUAUGUAACGUUUAGACAACCAGAAGUGAAGCAAGCAGCUGCCUUCCUCCAACUUCCAUUUCAAUUUGUUUGCUCUUUAAAGGAAUUUCCAUUUCAAUUCAAAACCCUCCCCCCCCCCUUUUUAUUUUUUCACUUUAUACAUCCAAACACAUUCCCAUAGAUCUCUCUCUCUCUGUCUGAUACCGAAACUCGAGACUCUCAAGCCAUUCGUGGAUGGACGCAAUCAGGAAACAGGCCACCAGGCUUAGGGAACAGGUCGCCAAGCAACAACAGGCUGUCUUCAAGCAGUUUGGUGGUGGGGGAUAUGGAGGUUCAGAUAGUGUAGUUACUGAUGAGGCAGAACUGCAGCAGCAUCAAAAGCUUGAGAAGCUUUACAUAUCAACUCGUGCAGGGAAGCAUUUCCAAAGGGAUAUUGUUCGUGGUGUAGAAGGUUAUAUUGUCACUGGAUCCAAACAAGUUGAAAUAGGUACAAAGUUGUCAGAAGAUAGCAGGAAAUAUGGUGUUGAAAAUACUUGUACCAGUGGCAGUACAUUAUCAAAGGCUGCAUUGGGUUGUGCACGGGCUCGUUCUCAAAUGGAAAAAGAACGUGGAAAUUUACUGAAAUCCCUUGGCACACAGGUUGCAGAACCAUUAAGAGCAAUGGUAAUGGGUGCUCCACUGGAGGAUGCUCGGCAUCUUGCUCAACGAUAUGACAGAAUGCGACAGGAAGCUGAAGCUCAGGCUAUUGAAGUCUCCAAACGUCAAGUGAAAUUAAGAGAAUCUGGAGGGAAUCCUGAUAUUGCCUCAAAGCUGGAAGCUGCUGAAACCAAGCUGCAAGAAUUGAAAUCAAACAUGUCAAUAUUGGGAAAGGAAGCUGCAGUUGCAAUGGCUGCAGUUGAAGCCCAACAACAAAGGUUAACGCUCCAGCGGUUAAUUGCCAUGGUGGAAGCAGAACGUACUUACCAUCAGAGAGUCCUGCAGAUACUUGAUCAACUUGAAGGAGAGAUGGUAUCAGAACGCCAACGAAUCGAAGCUUCUCCUAACCCAACUAUGGACAAUUCCAUGCCACCACCUCCAUCAUAUGAAGAAGUUAAUGGUGUGUUUGCUUCUCAAACAUAUGAUGGUUCAACAGACAGCAUGGGAUACUUUUUAGGAGAGGUUGUGCAUUCAUACCAAGCUGAAUCAGAUGUGGAGUUGACUUUGUCAGUUGGUGACUAUGUUGUUGUCCGAAAGGUGUCAAACAAUGGUUGGGCUGAAGGUGAAUGCAAGGGUAAAGCUGGUUGGUUCCCAUUUGGAUACAUUGAAAGACGGGAACGUGUUCUUGCAAGCAAGGUUGCUGAAGUGUUUUAGAAAUAUUGCCAAGUUGGGUUUUGAACGCAGGUGAAGCAUUGUAGGAGUGUAUUUGUUGCAUUUGACAUACUCAAGAGUAGAGCUUCUUUCACUCUUGCAGAGAGAAUGGGAAACCUACUUUUGGCAUGUGGUAUGAGAGUGUAUAAUAUUCGGUUUACUCUUAUGAAUUUUUUUCAUAUGCUCACCCUUUGUUAACGAGAGAACUCCACUCUUACCUCCUUAUACAAAUGAUGGAUCAAUGAGUGAAGGAACAUAUAUUUGGUUGUUUUCUUCCCGCUCGUUGCAUCAUUUCCGGUGCUUUGUGUAUCACUUUAAUUAUAAGAAAAUUGAUAUUCUGGAA